AUGUUCCGCUUCAGCAAAACCCUCGACCCAAUCACCCUCUUCCACUCCCCCUCCAUCCAAGCCUCAACCCGCACGCUCAACAUCCUCAAACAAGCCUCCUCGACCGCCAGCGAAACCGCCACAGAAGACCAAGCCAGCGACCACUCCCAGCACACCAAGAAGCAGCGCGGCGAGUUCGAGCUGGAAAUCACCACCUCCCCCCCAACGGCGGAUCAGCUGCGCAGUAUCCUCGAUUACAUCUCGCCGGUCAGCGGUGUUGGCGGCCCCGGUGAGAAGGUGACAUACGGGGUUGCGGAGCUGGUGAAGGGCGCGAAGAAUGCGGAGGAGGCGUUGAAGAAGUUUAAGGAGGAUAAUGGGGCUCUUGUUAGACCUAUUACUGUCGAUUGGGUCAAUGGCCGUGCUGUGAUUGGAGACAACGAGUCCGAGAUUCUGCGCAUGGUGCGCCAGCUUCCUGAGAAUUAA